AUGGAUCUUCCCGAAUUUUCAAAUGCUCCGUUGAAGAAACGCCACAGCUGGCGCCCUCAGAGCCUUGAGGAGGAAGAUAGCACGGAAGUCCGUCAAUUGACGGGCAAGAUAAGGACACUUGCCCAGUCCAGAUUAUCAAUAAUCGAGGAAUGGCGGAAGGUUACCGAGGGGAUCCAUAGCCCCGCCCCACAGCCAGAAGAUCACAACCGGGACCUUGACCCCGGAUUCGAAGAGGAUACGGACGUAUUUGUGGAGCUUGAGGAUGGAGUAUUCUACCAGGCGAGCUAUGACAGCACGGAAGUGGCCAUCAUCGCUGACUAUCCCGGCCUCCUCCCUGCCUCGCAUGUAAUUAAUCAAGAGACACCUUCUUCGAAAGAGCUUCCUCAUUACGCCUCACCCACCACACUAUUUCGUGCUCCAAAGGGGAGGCGCCCGAUGCCUCAACGUGCACCAGAGGCAUCUCCUAGGAGAGCGGCGCCCGUGUCGAGGAAAUCUUUGAAGAGGAAGGCGAACGACAACACGGCAGAACCUUCAUCAAAGAGGAAAAGCGUUCGCCAGACUAUGUCCGGGGAUCCUGCCGGCCGCGCCUCCACAAGUCAGAAUGCCACCCAAUGGGCUGAUACGGGAACCAGAGGCACAAAACUAGCGAAGCAGGCCAGAUGGGGACAAAUCUUGUCUAAAAGAAAAGAUGGGAUAAAUCAAAGUGAACUAUUUUUCAGAAGGGAAUUUUCCCCGGAAGACCCUCCACCGGGAGUCACCGCUCGUCGGGUCUCCGUCCCCCUCUUUCCCCGCUCCCCCGAAUCAGAACUCCGACCUCCGGAGUCGCGCUCGGCGACCGCGCUGCCCUGCCACCUCGAGCAAGCAAGGGAGAUGUCUCUAAUCCGAAUAGCUUUUUCUUUGGUCCUCCUCCUCGCCGCGGCGGAGUCCGCGGCGGCGACGCGCUCACCGUCGGCCUUCGUGCAGAACGCCAUCUACUCCAACCGCAUCACCAUCUUCUCCAAAUCCUACUGCCCGUACUGUAUGCGUACUAAGCGAAUAUUUAAAGACCUCAAUGAAAAUCCUUACGUUGUUGAACUUGACCUCCGAGAGGAUGGCCGAGACAUUCAAGGUGUUCUUCUAGACCUAGUUGGGCGCAAUACUGUGCCACAGGUGUUUGUGAAUGGCCACCACGUUGGUGGCUCAGAUGAUACAAAAACUGCUCUUUCAGACGGACAACUUCAGAAACUUCUUGGUCAGAGUCAGUCGCAGUGAUGAUCACCGCCGAAGCUUGGUAUUGCCCAAAACUUGUGAAAUGUCUAACAUGCGGUGUUCCUUAUGGGAGGAAUGGAACCUUAACACUCUUUAGGAAUAUGAACAGAGUGUUGCAGCUCAUGCCAGGAUUUUUUAUUUUUUUUGAGUGGAAGUGUUGUGACAAAAAUCCAUGUGCUGGAUUGUAUGGUUUUCUCAAGUGCAUAUACAUUUAUCUGUUGUGCCUGUUUUUAUUA